AUGCAGACCAGAAGGCCUCCGUUAGAAGUCGAGUCUUUGCUUUUCUCAGCAUUCGGGGGCCCGGCGGCUCCUGGAAGUCGUUAUCGUGUGUCCUCCCCCACGCAGAAACAAAGGCCUCAUCAGGACGACCACCUGUGGUGGACCACACCCGAUUGCUGUGCCCCUCUUUUUUUUGUUUAUUUUUUAUUUUUUGGGGAAAAAAACUUGUCUGAAACGCUCACGAUGGAAGCCCGAGGAAAGUAUGACUUUUCAGCAACAGUGGACGAUGAGCUCAGCUUCAGGAAACAUGACAUAUUAAAGAUUAUAAGUCUGGAGGAGGACUGGUGCAAGGCCGAGAUGAAUGGACUGGAAGGAUUUGUACCCAAAAACUACAUCGAGAUGCAGACUCCAGGACAUGAAAACGACGUGCAGCACUUCAAAGUGAUGCGGGACAACAAAGGCCAGUACUUCCUGUGGUCUGAGAAGUUCACCUCCCUCAACAAGCUGGUGGAGUUCUACAAGAGCAACUCCAUCUCCAAAACCAGGCAGAUCUACCUGAACGACGGCACCCAGGUGAAGCCCGUUUCCCAGAGGGGGAGUCUGCCCGAGGUGCUAGGCUGCGCCCCCCCCGCCGCCCCGACCCACCGACGGUUCUCAGACCAGACCCACAACCAGACCCAGACCCACACCCAGACCCAGGGCCAGACCCAUGCCCAGACCCAGGCCCAGACCCGGGCCCUGGGCGGCGGCGUGCUGAAGGUGCGGGCGCUGUACGACUUUGCGGCGGAGGAGGAGGACGAGCUGGGCUUCAGCGCCGGGGACCUGAUCGAGGUGCUGGACCACUCCGACGCGUCCUGGUGGACCGGCCGGCUCCGGGGCCGCAGCGGCCUCUCGGGCAAGAAGGUCCACGCCACCUCCACCAAGAGGAGGAAGUCGGAGAGGAAGUACCAGGGCCUGUACUACUUCGUGGUCGUCCUCGGUUAUGCCAACAGCUGCGCCAACCCCAUCGUCUACGGCUUCCUGUCGGACAACUUCAAGCGGGGCUUCCGCAAAGCCCUGUGCCGCUCCACCAGGCGGGUGGAGAACCACGACCCGGCGGAGCUGCAGCCGCAGCAGCAGGAGGAGGGCCGGCGGGCGCUGAUGCCCCGGGAGAGCCUGAGGAGGGCCGUGCGGGCGGAGGAGGACGAGGACGAGGAGGAGGAGGACGUCUCGGAGAUGACGGAGAUCUACCGGAUCACGCAGAACGGGAACACCUUCCAGCCGCGGAGCUCCCAGCUCCCGCUGCUCCCCGAUACCGGAGCCACGCCGGGCGCCGGCGGGCAGGCGUCCCCCGAAAGGGCCGGGGAGCCCAGAGGGAAGGACCCCGCCGGAGGGUCCUCGCUGACCGUUCCUCUGCUUCUCAACGGUGCCAAAAACGGCAGCUACCAGGGCCUGUACUACUUCGUGGUCGUCCUCGGUUACGCCAACAGCUGCGCCAACCCCAUCGUCUACGGCUUCCUGUCGGACAACUUCAAGCGGGGCUUCCGCAAAGCCCUGUGCCGCUCCACCAGGCGGGUGGAGAACCACGACCCGGCGGAGCUGCAGCCGCAGCAGCAGGAGGAGGGCCGGCGGGCGCUGAUGCCCCGGGAGAGCCUGAGGAGGGCCGUGCGGGCGGAGGAGGACGAGGACGAGGAGGAGGAGGACGUCUCGGAGAUGACGGAGAUCUACCGGAUCACGCAGAACGGGAACACCUUCCAGCCGCGGAGCUCCCAGCUCCCGCUGCUCCCCGAUACCGGAGCCACGCCGGGCGCCGCCGGGCAGGCGUCCCCCGAAAGGGCCGGGGAGCCCAGAGGGAAGGACCCCGCCGGAGGGUCCUCGCUGACUGUUCCUCUGCUUCUCAACGGUGCCAAAAACGGCAGC